ACUCUCAUUCCUCGCCGUACCGAGCCCCGGGUGCCAGCGAACUCCGCUCGGUAGCGGUGGCAGAGACCCCCCCUGGCUCCGGUGACUCCCGGCCAAGGCCAUGGACCCCAAGGAGCGCAAGAAGAUCCAGUUCUCCGUGCCGGCCCCCCCCAGCAACCUGGACCCCCGCGCCGUCGAGAUGAUCCGCCGGCGGAGGCCCACGCCGGCCAUGCUCUUCCAGCUCUCCGAACACUCCUCCCCAGAGGACGAGAACCUGCCCUACCAGCGCUCGUCGGGCGAGGGCUGCCUGCUCAAACCAAAGAGGACCAACCCGUGUGCCUACACCCCGCCCUCGCUCAAAGCGGUGCAGCGCAUCGUGCAGUCCCACCUGGAGAGUGGCAUGGGCGGGGGUGACAGCUCCGACGGGGAGCCCGAUGACGGCUGCGACCCCGACAGUGCCCUCGAGUCUGCUCCGGGGAGCCAGGGCAGAGCCGAGCGCAGCUACUUCCCCGCCGGGCUCAAGGCGCACAAGCGGAAAGGCGGGCAGAAGGUGUCCUUUGCCGGCGGCAUCGACGAGCGCGAGGAGGACCUGAAGUCGCUGACGGUGUCGGAGAUCCCCGAGGACCCCGAGGGAGCGGAGGAUGACGAGGAGGAGCCGGGGCAGGAGCAGGACGGUGGCACCGGGGAGCGGCGACACGUUGGCUUCGCCGAGGUGCCCUCACGCCCCAUCGGCACCGAGCGCCACUCGCCCACCUACCCGCUGGGCACCAGUUAGCUGGCACCGGGCACCGGGCACCGGCCCCCCGGCCCCCCCGGCCCCCGCAGCUUCGCCUGUGCCCCCCGGCUGCCCCCGCCCGCUGCCUGCGCUUCGUCUGCCGUGCGCCACGUGCCGUGCGCCAUGUGCCGUGUGCCGCGCCAUGCUGGGCCGCGCCGGGACACGUCGGGACCCCCGGCCACGGCCGCCCCCUCCCCACGGGCCUUGUGCCCCCCCGGCUGCCGGCGCAGGAGCCGGGGAUGGGACCCCCGGGCGCUGGUGGGGUCUGGGCCCCCCCCUGGCUGCUGCCCCCCGGCCCCCACCGAGCAGAGACCCCCGCCCGCAAUAAACGGCUGUACAGAG